GAUAAUGGAAGAGUUUCUCGCUUUUAAAGACACACAAACAAACUUAAAGGAGGCGAUCCUGGUGGAUUACUAUGUAUCUGGACUCUGUUGGGGAAAAGAGAAAAAAUUUAGCUCACUGCAGUUGACUGGAUUCAUUGGGCUGUUACAUUUCCUCAUGGAGAAUAUUGAAACCAAACACUUACCUCUUGAAGAGAAUAUAAGAGAGCUGGCAAGUGCCAUGACUGGAAUAGGACACAGCCUACUUGAGACCAAGGGGAAGCUAUCUUUCUUCAGUGUUGAAGAAGCUAAAGAUAUCAUUGACUACCUUAAAAUGAGUUUAUUUCAGCAUUAUAAGCUAUAUGAGUGCAUGUUCACACUUCCAAGAGAUCAAAAAGUUGUAGGAGCAGAGGUAGUAGUAGAGAUUGCCAAGCCUGCAGAAACCCCAUUUCCAGCACCACUUGAGGAAGGAGUACCUUAUGAAAUGUAUGCACAAUUUCUAGCUCUGCCGAUACCAGAAGAAGAAACUAUAAAGGCGGAGCAGGAUUUGGGUAUUGCCCUACUUGUUAGUGUGGAGUACCUAUGA